AUGUCUCAAAGAAUUUCAAUCGGAAAUGCAGAAGACAAAAUCUUAAAGCAAAAAAUGAUUGAAGAAUCAGAGGCAGCAAAAAAAACGGAAUCAAAGAAGGUAAUAACAUCCUCUGAAGCUGAUUCUGAGAGGGGCAAAAUGGUAGCAGUCGCAGAGCCAAUACUGUAUAAUGAACCCAAGGAAGCGAAAAUAUUUCCUUGUCUUUUUUGUGACAAGACAUUUUCGAGUUCACAAGCUCUUGGAGGGCAUCAAAAUGCUCAUAAGGAAGAACGUGCCUUAAAAAAAAUGGAGCAAAAAAGAAUAGAGGAAGAAAUGGAGGCCGCCAUGAGGUAUAGACCUAUUUUUCCAUACUGUUAUCCUUAUUCAAACCCUAUUCACCAUCAAGCAUAUCCCAAUUUAUGCGGCAACCUGCAAGCCCUAGUUGGCACUCAGAUGAACAAUGUAAUUUCUACCCGGCUUGAUUCUCCAUUUAUGAUGCAAGUUCCAAAGCCACCACUACACCUUGAGAUGAUUAAUUUUUUAGGUGAAAAUCAAACUCUUGCAUUGCCAAUAACUCAAAGGGCAAACCCUGUAGAUGAUGAUGGAGUGGAAUUGAGACUUUUUACAUCUGGUGAGGGUGUCGAAAGAAAUUCAAAUGCUGAAUUUCCUUCUAAUGAUCUUACAACUGAAACUCGUGAUUUAUUUGGAGGAAGCCAUGUUCUAGCAGAGACUAAUGCGUCUUCAUCAUCAACAACUGAAUCAACAUCCGAGGAAUUUGAUUUGAAUCUCAAACUUUAA